AUGCUCGUCUUCAUCGCAAUCCUAUUUCUAUUUUCUGUGGUAAGUAAAAAAGUUUAAAAUCACAGCUCAUGGAGAAUUCAGAAGUCUUUCGAUAUUUCCUGCAACUCCCCCAACAAAAUCUGCAUUCGCUAUCCUGAACAACAAUUUCCAUCGAUUGAAAUCGCCCUCGAAACUAAUGGAUCUCACAUGAUUUUCGAAAUCUAUGUUCACAAACUUCGAGACGGAAAACACGUGGCAGUUGGAUAUUCCAAAGAUUCAGAAGCGGGCAAUGAUUUUGUGGUUUAUUGUGGUCGAAAUGAAAAUAUGAAACCGGGAAAUUGGGUGAAUAUGGGAAUUGAAUAUAAUUCAAAUUUGGCGGAAAAACAGAUUUUGGGAAAUUUGUUGUGGAAAACUGGGGAGCCUUAUUUUGCAGAACCUUUGAAUUACACGGAAUUUGGAGAGGGGAUUUAUUGUAGAUUACGGUGAGGAAAUCCGAGAGAAGUACACACAAUGGAGCGCACAUUCAAAAAAAACUUUCCAGCCACAACUUCCAACCCAUCUUCUCAAAAUUCAACACAACAAAAGGGCACCUGCUAAUAUCCCGCGGACCAUGGAAAAAUCGAAUCGAUUUUCCGAGCCGCGAAACUUUUGACCUCGGAUUUUAUGAUUUUGCAAACUCGGCUAACAAAAAAAUCUUCAUUUUCAUAAUUAUUAUUGUUUUAUCAACCAAUCCAUGCGUUUUUCAAUAAAUCAUUCAAUUGAAUUUCCGUAACUCGCUUGUUUCUUGAGUUCGCCAAAACUUCGCUGACAAAAAUCGGAUAAUAUUCGGGUAAUUCUGAAUCUCCAGCUUGAAUUUCCAUGUAAAUUCCAGUGUCUUCAAUAUUUCUUGGUUUAUAGUAUAAAGAAGAAACGCUUGGGAGAAUAAUUAGAAUUGAAAUUAGCCAAAACAUUUCGAAUAUUCAAGAAAAUCUGUAAAAAAAUCUUUAUUUUCACGAAAAUUUCAGGGAAAAGCAAAGAAUAAUGAAAUCAUUCUAAUUAUUCGUGAUUUUUGUUCAUCUACAAAUUAUCGCAAGUCACGCAAACCCCCCAAAAGUGCCCCCCUCAAAAAAUUCCGCCUCCCUCCACACAAAAGUAGUACGGUGGCGAGCGAUGUGUGCAAACACCGCAUACACGUCAGAGCUUUUUAUUUUUUCGUUUUUUUCGACGUAAAACCGGUUUUUUUGCAGAAAACUUGGAAGAUGAUGAACUUUGAGGUUAGCACGUCAAAGCGUAAGUAUUUAAUUUUUGAAAUUCUCGAAAACCCCGCGAAUUUUCAGAGAUUGGCGUCGGUUUAACAGCUUUUGGUGUAUUUUUCAUAUUUUUGGGGAUUUUGCUGUUUCUAGACGCCGCAUUGUUAGCAAUUGGAAAUGUGAGUUUAUUUUUGGACAAAAUUUUGGCAAAAAAUAUAAAGAAAAACCUGGGAAAAAUGUGUUUUUCACGAAAAAUGGCAAAAAUCCUUCAAAACCCGGUAAUUUUCUUUGGUUCCCUUCAAAAAAUGAUGAAUUUUCAGCUGUUAUUCAUCGUUGGUAUCACAUUUGUCAUCGGAGUUCAACGAACUCUCGUUUUCUUCUUCGAAUUCAGAAAAUUGAAGGGAAGUGUGCUUUUCUUUGGAGGUCAGUGGUUCAAAAAUGAUGCAAAUCAACGCGGAAUUUGAGAGUUAUGACGUGGCAAAAUGGGAAUCUGAUAGAAAAUUGGGAAUUCCUGGAAGUUUAGAUAACUUGGAACAUAUUUAGGUAUUUUCCAAGUUAUCGAAACUUUCAGGAAAUCUUCAGAAGCUUUUUGUCUUGCAGAUUUCCGGAAUCUUCUAUAAUUCAUGAUUUUCUACCAAUUUGCCACGUCAUAGCUCAUGUUCAGAAGCUCAAAAUUCAUUUUAACUAAAGCUAAAACCCAAAAAAUUUAUCUGAAAAUUCCAGGUAUUCUCAUUGUGCUGCUAGGCUAUCCACUUUUUGGAAUAAUCGCCGAAAUCUGGGGAUUCAUCUUGUUAUUCGGCGGAUUUUUGCCAGGAAUUGUGAAUUUGCUAAGAAGCAUCCCUGGAGUCUCCACAUUGACCUAUUUGCCAGGAAUUCGACAGGUAAGGGAGAUUUUUUUGAGAAUUUUGAGGGGAAGAGUGAAAUUCUUUGAAAAAGCUAUUUGAAAAAUGUAAUUUUCGACUAAAAUAAUUUUUGAAACAGUAAUUUUUUGCAAAAAAACAGAAUUUUAAGAUUUUUUUUCGAUCAUUCAAAUCUUCCAAUGAACUUUAUUAAUUUUUUAUCAAAAUAAUUUUUGAAACAGUGAAUUUUUGAAGAUUAAAAAAUUUCGAAAAAAACAUUUAUUGAGCCUGACUCCGAGGUCUAUAAAAUGUUUGAAGGAAAUUUUUUUCAAUUAAACUUCGAAGUAAUUAAAAUUAAAAUUUCCAUUUCAUCAUCUCUCAUCAAAACUUCGUACAAAAUCCCAAAAAAGUUAAUUUUUUUCAUAUCAAAAUUUGAGCACAGUAUUUUAUUUGCUAGGAAAAUUUGAAUGUAUUCACAGAAGAUGAGUAUUUUGUAAUAAAAUGUGCCAAAAAUUAAAAAAUCUGAAAAUUUAGCGUAACUUUGUUCGAGCGGAGCGAGUGUAAACCGGAAGCUUCCGCGAAGCGGCACGAUCUUCCGCUUUAGCGGCCACGUGGUUUACUAUGAUAUGGCAAACGUCAUAUUAAUCCGCGUGGCCUCUGCGCGGAAGCUUGCGGUCUACACUCGCUUCGCUCGAAAAAAAUUUCCAAGUCAUAUUCUGAAAUAUCUGAUAAAAAUCUGAAAACUGGAAUUUCUUGACAAAUAGUUUGUCUGAAAAUUCCAGCAUUUUUCAGAUUUUUAUUGGAAUUUCAGCGGAGAUGCGGAAGCUAUGCCCAAAUUUUGAAUUUUUCCGAGCGCAUUAGGCGCGAGUGUAAACCGGAAGCUUCCGCUUUAGCGGCCACGUGGUUUACUAUGAUAUGGCAAACGUCAUAUUAAUCCGCGUGGCCGCUGCGCGGAAGCUUGCGGUUUACACUCGCUUCGCUCGAACCAAAUUUCCAAGCCUCUUUUCUGAAAUAUCUAAUAAAAAUCUGAAAACUGGAAUUUCUUGACAAAGUCAGAAAGUUCCAGCAUUUUCAGAUAUUUAUUGGAAUUUCAGCGGAGAUGCGGAAGCUAUGCCCAAAUUUUGAUCGAGCGCCUUAGGCGCGAGUGUAAUCCGCAAGCUUCCGCGCGCGGAAGCUUGUGGGAGAUUUCCUUCCCCAAAAAACUCCACAUUUUUCCGAAAUCUCUCCAGGCAUGCGACUAUUUAGAUCCUCGACCGUCUGGCGCCUGAAUCCAAAUAUCCAGUCUGA